AUGAUCACCCAAGGAGAGACUCAUCCCUGCCUCCAGCCCUCCCCUGAAGCCAGGAGCUGUGUCAUCCCCAACAUCCAGAUGUUCUCCAUGAUCCCCUACAUACUCAACAUCACAGUCAUCACUCCCCAGGGAGCCAGAAGUAGCCUGGUUCCCUUCAUUGCAGAGCAUAUAAUUAAACCUGACCCACCAGAAGCUAUGAGUGUGAGCCCUUCCCCAGGCAAGCAACUCCAAGUGAAGUGGAAGCCCCCCCAUUCCUGGCCCCUCCCCAAGUAUUUUCCACUUAAGUACCUGAUCCGAUACCAGCGACAGGGAGCCACCAGAUACCGGCAGGUGGGACCAAUUGAGGAAACAUCCUUCAUCCUGCAAGGCCUGCACCCCAAGACCCAAUAUCAAGUACAAGUUGCAGCCAGAGACUUUCUGGACUAUGGGGAACUAAGUACUUGGAGCACUGUAGUGGCUACCACACCUGGUAGCAAGUAACCAGUUUUGGGGCAUCCCCAAACCCUCAGCCUCUAUCAUGAGACAAUGCCUGGAAAUUUAAACCCAAUAAACAGUCCCAUUCCUACUGUAAAAAUGGAGAUUUGAACCUUGGACUUCAAUUCCCAAAAGUCCUUGGUAGCUCCCAGCUGUAAUCCCACUGAGAUCCCCACCUGGGUGAGAUCAAAAUUCUUAUUUAAACCGGCUGUAAAGCCUACUGAGGUCUCUUCCUGUACUCGGAGAUUACAAGGAUGUAGUAAGUGAAAUUGAGUGGGCCUUUUGGCCCUCCUAGGCACAUGCUUUCUUAUUUUGUAUUUUCUUUAUUUCUUAACCUUUAAUAAACCUCAUAAAAAUAUAAUACUUUUAGCAGAGAAACUAAUUUUAACUGUUACAGUUUUGGCGAGCCACAUCGGUAGUGACAAAAUACCUUCAAUCUUCUGAUCUUUUCUCUACUGUAACUAAGUUCAGAUUUUAAUAGCUAGUGCCUAGUUGUUGUUUUUUUAAAGCCAAGUUUCUCCAAGCCUUUUUAGCAAGCCUCUUGACUCAUCCCAGCUGCUGCCUGCCUGUUUCUGCGACCUGGUGACUGAUGCUCCUACUCUUUCUCUCGCUCACCUGGCCCAGCUGAUUCACGCACCUCUGGCUCAUCUCCCCAGGCCCAGCCCCAGGACCCAGGCUGCUGAUAGCAGACCCAAUUUCUUCAGGAUUAAACACCAAUUGGCAAAAAACGGGAAUGGAUGUUUCCUUAGGCUACAAUUAGCCUCCAUGUGGACUGGAGGCAGGGGAUCACAGGGAGGGAGAAAGAAAGAAAAGAAGGAAGAGGCUUUUCCAAACAGGAACUUACAAGCAUGGCUACUUUAAGAGGAUAUCUUUUGACUAUAUUGAUUCUUUUAUUUAUAUCACCUUAGUGCCAGGGAAAAAAAUUCAGCUCCCUGCAACUCUAGCCAAAUUUGAGAUUCCUCACUAUGGGGAAGCAACUCAGUGGCUCAGUGGCUUGAGAGCCAGGCCUAGAGAUGGGAGGUCCUUGGUUGAAAUCUGGCCUCAGACACUUCCUGGCAGUAUGGCCCUGGACAGGUCAUUUAACCCCCAUUGCCCAACCAUUACCAAUUUUCUGUCUUCUGACAACAAUUAUCUAAAUGGAUAAAAACUGAGGGAACUUUAAAGAGACUGGAGGUUAUAUUUUUAAGGAAUUUAAGACUCUGUUUUAUAAAAAUCUCUGUAUUCUAUUGCAUUUUGAUGAUUGUUUUGUUUAAGUUUUAACUUUGUGAUUUUAAGUUCAUAUAUUACUGCAUUCAAUAUUAUUCUGUUACACUGAAUCAUUUUAAUGUAUUGGGUUUUAACUACUGCUAAAUUCUGUUGCUUUUCCUCUAUAACUAUACUGAACAAACAUUAUUGAGUAAGCCCAUAUAAAAAACAGCUUUUCUAUUUUUGACUUUGUAAAUUGUCACAUAGAGGAUAGAUGGACUCCAUCAGAAAAGUGCUACAACAACCUUCGGAAAAUUUAAAGAGCUAAUUAUCUCAAACUGAUUUUAAGUGUUCUUUAGACAUGAUUUUUAGAAUUUUUCUUAACAAUUUCUGGUCAUUUUGCCUGCCCCUACCAUGAGGUAAGGCCCAUUCUAGUAGCUGAAGUGAAAUACAAUUAUAACCCCCAACCUCCCACAUUUAUAAAAAUGUGAAUGGAAGCUGGGCAGUUAAUCCCAGGGCAUGUACCCCUAGAAGCCUCCCAAAGAAAAAAGGGAGCAUCUCUCAUUUAUACUCUUCAGCUCAUUUUACUUUCACCAGAAUGGUAUCUAGAAUUCUUGAUGUUCAAAACCCAAAGUAAGAUUUACUUUGUUUAAAAAUAUGGUUACCAAGGUUGAAAGAUUUGCUACAUUUGUAAAAAUUGUGACAAAUAUCCAUCAGUUCAUAGGCUUUUAAAAAAUGCCAUACAGGAACUCAUGUGAAAUGUGAUAGUGGGCUUGUUUGUUAUUGUAUUUAAUUGGGCUAUUGAGAAUUUUGGGGAUAUUGAUAACUACAUAUUUGUACUACUGUUGUACUCACAGUAGAUCAUGGCCAGAUAUGAAGAAGAAAUGGAUCUCAUUUUUGGUGAGAAAGUCUUGUAUUCUAUAUUUUCUUAGCUGACACAGUGUGUCAAUGAUUAUAAGCUACAUUUUGAAUUUUAAAAACUCUUUUAUUAUAUUUUUCUUGCAUGUGCAAUAUACUAUUUCAGUUUUUUAUUUUUUCUCUCCUUUUUAUAUUUGAAGCACAUCACCAGCAUUAAGAUUUUCUUUAUCUUUUUGAUUUUGCAGUAAUAUAAGUUUAAAAUAUUAUCUAAUUAUCUAAUGCAUGCCCCAAAAGCUUGAGACUAUAAAAAUGAUGCCACUAAUUGUUUAAAAAAAUUAUGGGACUUUGCUUAAUGAUUCUGUCUGAUUCCAGGACAAGAUAUACAAAAGAGUAAUUUCACAGGGCUAAUGAAGCACAAAGCUAAACCUGAUUAGUGCCACAAAGAGAACGCAGGAUAUAUUAGUGUGAAGACUCAAGGUUGCGACCUUUAACAUAUGUUAAGACAUGGGCCUUCCUUGUAUCCACACUCACUCUGAAAAUACUUACAGAUGAGUAUCCCCAAACUUGGCCCCUACUUGGUUCCUAUAAUCUGGUCCCUUUUCUGUCUUUCACAGUGUGGCAAACUUCCUGUAGUCUUGGCUACUGACUGGGUAAAUGCAUCAUUGCUUAGAUCAUUUUAAUUGGGCCCUGAUUCAAGGACCUGUUAAUAGAUUUACUUUUCCUUUACUUGGAAUUUUCACACAUAAGACUUUGAUAGUCUAUAUUUUCAUCCAGAAAUUUUCUUUUUUUAUUUGGAUUUUUCUGAUGUCUUUUUAAUUUCUCUUGUCAAAUUGAUUCAUAUACCUCAUAACUCAGCCAUGCAUCCCUAAGUGAUCCUGUGUUUUUCAAUCACCCUAUUCACAGGGAAAUGUAAAAAUAAUAUUAUUUUAAAUUGCAAAGUUUUAAGAAGAAUUUUAGGGUAAGAAAGAUGAUACCUCUCUGAAUCCAGGAACUGAACUGUUUGGAGAAGACACCAUGAAGAUGCCUCCAGCUGCAUGAGAAGAUUGAGAAUGAACUUUGGGUGUGGUUGAUUGAACAUUUAUUUGUAUCUAUACUUUCAUGCCAAAGGGGACUGCCCCCUAACUGGCUUUUUGUCAAUGUGUCUAGCAAUUAUUGGUUUUGUUCUUUUUUCCUCUUAUCCUCAAAUUGUUGUAAUCUUUAAGUUGAUUGUAUUUUCAUGAUCCUUUUGGGGAAAAAACUUUUCACAAAUGAUCAAAUGGACAAAUGUAAAAAUGGAGAUUUGAACCCCGGACUUCAAUUCCCAGAAGUCCUUGGUAGCUCCCAGAGUUCCCUGUAAUCCCACUGAGAUCCCCACCUGGGCGAGAUCAAAAUUCUUAUUUAAACUGGCUGUAAAGCCUACUGAGGUCUCUUCCUGUACUUGGAGAUUGUAAGGAUGUAGUAAAUGAAAUUGAGUGGGCCUUUUGGCCCUCUUAGGCACGUGCUUUCUUAUUUUGUAUUUUCUUUAUUUCUUAAUCUUUAAUAAACCUCAUAAAAAAUAAUACUUUUAGCAGAGAAAUUAAUUUUAACUG